GAGCAAGAUUGUAAGAGCAGCCCAAUUAAUGACCAUUCUGUAACAAAUAUUGAAGUGGCCUAAAGAGAAAACGGAGAAUAAACAAUGGGCCGAGGAAGAGAGCUUCUCGGCGAUCCCUCUAGUCCCUCAUGCGGAUGAUCGGGCUGAGUAAGACUCAUAAGGCCCUGCAGAUGCCGAGGCACAAACAAAUUACCCCCUCAUAACUCCGAAUACCUACAGCAAUUUAAUUAAUUAAUUAUACACCGACCAGUCUCGCGCAUACCAAUUGUCAAAUAUCAUUUUUUCAACUUCCAGUAAGCAAUACUGACAUCAUGUCUCCCUCACCUCAAGACCCAAUUAUUGUCGGCGUCGGAGAUAUCCGCCAAAAGAGCUUCACCCUCGAAAAUACGCUCGAACCAGCAGAGCUUAUCUUAUCAGCUAUUCGCGACGCUGCCAAGGAUACAACUGUCGAUGUUAUCAAACACAUAGACAGUAUUUCUGUUGUUCCUCCCUGGUCCUGGACAUAUGAUGAUCUACCAAAGCAUCUUGCUCAGAAACUUGGUGUUGAACCUUCGCAUCUUGAGCUCUCAAGCCAUGGGGGUCACACGCCUGCGUUGCUGUGCGACGCGGCAGCUGCACGAGUCGCGGCAGGGGAAACGAAGGUAGCUAUUAUCACAGGAGGAGAGGCGAUGGCUUCAUUGCUUGCGUGUCAGAAAGCUGGACGUCUUCCUCCACCAGGAUGGACUGAGAUGUUUCCCGGCGCAAAGCUAUAUGGUCCGAGUGACCCUGCACUUUUAAAGGACGUCGGUGCUUCGCACGGCAUUGGAAUGCCAAUUCAAGUAUACCCUCUAUACGAAAACGCAUACAGGAAGCAUAACAAACAAACAUUCCACGAGAACCACCAUGAAUCUGCAGUCCUUUACGCCGAGUUUGACAAGAUUGCCUGUGAACAUCCGAUCAGUUGGCGAGCAGGCGAAACACCACGAGACGUUGAUGCUAUCAAGACGGUAACCAAGCAGAAUCGCAUGAUCUGCACACCUUAUCCAUUGUUGAUGAAUGCCUUCAAUGGUGUGAACUUGGCGGCAGCUUGUAUCAUCACUUCUGUCGAGUAUGCUACCAAGCUAGGCGUCCCGCAGGAUAAAUGGGUGUACAUCGCUGGCGGUGCUGGUUCGAACGAUAGUUCGCAUUUCUGGGAGCGAGCCAACUACUUCUCUAGUCCUGCUAUUGAGUACUCCAUCGACAAGGCCCUCGAAUCCGCUGCCAUCACUAAGAACGAGAUUGACUGCUUUGACUUCUACUCGUGCUUUCCCAUCGUCCCGAAACUCGCUUGUAAGCACGUUGGUCUAGAUGUUCAGAAGCCAGCCAAGCCUAUCACUCUACUUGGUGGCCUUACUUCCUUCGGUGGUGCAGGCAAUAACUAUUCUCUUCACGCAAUUGCGGAGAUGACAAGAGUCAUUCGAAACCGAAAACAUCAAAAUGGCCUUGUACUCGCGAACGGAGGCAUUCUAUCCUGGCAAUAUGCUCUUUGCCUGUCGGCUGGACCACGGCGCAACACCUCCACUUAUUUGAGGAGAGAAGUUCUUGACAAUGGUGAUGUUUCUCAAGGUCCAGCGUUUGCCUCUGCAGCGCAAGGCGAUGCUGUCAUAGAGACUUAUACUGUGGACUAUGAUCGAAAAGGACCCAAGCUUGGCCAUAUUAUUGGUAGGCUUGUUGAGAAUGGACAGAGAUUCAUUGCAAACCAUGGUGACGAACAUACGUUGGCGACUCUUGUUAGUGCCAAUGGAGAACCGAUUGGUAUGAAGGGUCAUGUGAGCAGGUCUGAGGAUGGCCGAAAUCUCUUUACUUUAUCAGCAAGUGCAAAGCUCUAGAGAGAAACGGCAGAUAGACAGACGGUAAUGAAGUGCAGAUUAACUUUAGACUGAAUCAUCGACGUAACAUUGAAGCUACCAACCACUGGCGG